UGGAACUUCGAAAGUUCGCAACUUUCUGCCCUUUCUCACUCGCUCGGCGCUCGCCCUUUCUGGUGAUGGUGGGAGGGGAAAACCUCCGUGUUUCACUCCUCACUUUCUCUGGUUGGGGCAAAUCCAAAGCCCUAAUCCUACCGGACGUAUCCUUAUCCUCAUCUUUGUGUAUGCCCUGAUUUCAUGGACUCUCAAAAUUUCUUAUUUUCCCGAGAAAACCCUAGACCCCUCUCGUUCUCCACUGCUUCAAUUGUCUCUUCAAAACCCAAUAUCCCCAACGAGAUCGCUCAGAAGCCUUCCGCUCCGAUUCUAGUGGGCCGGUUCAAGGCUUUGCUAAAGGAACGCGAGGAUGAAUUCAGGGCGUCCUCUGGUGAUGACGCGCCGGUGCCGCCCCCUAGCACUGAAGAAAUUGUGCAAUUUUACCAAUUGCUGUUGUCGGACCUCACUUGCAACUUGAAGCCUAUCAUUACGGAUCUAACCAUUAUUGCCGAGCUUCAGGUUGAGCAUGCCAGAGGCAUCGCCGAUGCAAUUUGCACUCGGAUUCUUGAGGUGCCUGCAGAUCAAAAGCUGCCAUCCCUCUAUCUUUUGGACAGUAUUGUGAAGAAUGUUGGUCAGGAAUAUAUUAGAUACUUCUCUUCACGUCUGCCUGAAAUUUUCUGUGAGGCAUACAGGCAGGUUCAUCCUAAGCUGCAUAAUGAUAUGCGCCGUCUCUUUGGCACCUGGUCAAAUGUUUUCCCACCUUCUGUCCUACGCAAGAUUGAAGCUAAACUCCAGUUUUCUCAAGCAGUUAAUAGUCGUUCAUCUAUCUCUGAUCCCCUUAGGGCGUCUGAAUCUCGUCAAGCAACUCAUGGCAUACAUAUCAAUCCGAAGUACUUGCAGCAGUUGGAACAUUCUUCUAUAGAUAGUGUUGGAGAUGAAAAAUUGGAAUCAACAGUAAAUUUGGGUCUUGCAAAUUUUGGCCGUGGAGCUAAGAUGCAUCAACCUUUAUCUAGCAGGCUUGGGAGAUCUUUGCCUUCAGGAAUCAGACUUGAUAGGCCUCUUUCAGCAACCAAAGAUGAGUGUGCAGUUGACAAUUCUUCUAGCCGGAUAGUAGAGAGAGAUCCUCUUUCUCAUCCUGCAUUUGAUUAUGGAGUUGGUAAAGCAGGAAGUAGAGGUGAAGAGUUGAGUGGGUGUGAACCAAAACAUCAUACUGAUGAUGGUCGGAACCAGUUUCAAGUUUCUAUGUCGGGUAGUCUUAGUAAUGGGCAUCAGCGUCAAAAUCUUAAAGCUUUAAUAGAUGCAUAUGGGAGCGAUAAAAAUGAUGAAACCUUCAAUAAUAAGCCUUUGUUUGUUGAACGUCAGGACAUAAAUGGUUUAAACAAAGUUGUGUCAGCAUCAUGGCAAAACACUGAAGAGGAGGAAUUUGAUUGGGAAGAUAUGAGUCCAACAUUAGCAGACCAUAGUAGGAAUAAUGAUUUCUUACCAUCAAGUAUUGGUUUCUCCAGGGAAAAGCCUGUUAUUAGUGCGGCUACUUCAGAGCGAAAUACUAGGCGAAGUUGGUCUAGUCGGUCGCAGCUACCACCAAUGGACGAUUCCUCUGUCAUAGCUGGAGAUAAAUUUGUUUAUUCAAGUUAUGGCCGUGGAUCACCAGUUAAGGCAUCUGGAUACCAAAAUCAGACAAACCGAGGCUUAAGCUCCCGUCCACCUCUUGAUGCUUGGAAUAUUAGAGGUCGAGCAAGCAACAUUCAGAUAUCUCCUGUCAGUAACAUUCAAAAUAGUGAUAUAAACCCAUAUGGGACGCGGUCUGCUUUGUCUAGAAUGGGUUCCGCCCUUGAAUCUAAUGUGGAGAUUCGUCCAACAGCUUUACCAGCAUCUCUUGGAAUGAGGCCCCCAGUUAAUGUUCAUGCUGUUCGUCCUCCAACCUUAAACCAUACAUUUCCCUUGGAUAAACAUGUUAAGAGUCAGUUUGAGCCAAUACAUGCUAGCAGCAGCAUUGUAAAUAAUGGUCAAAAUAAUUCUUCGUUUUUGGACAGUGUUGAGAACAAGGUUACAGGUUUAUCAAAGCUGCAUCAGCUGCCAACCCAGCUAGCUGGGCAGAUUCCAUUUAACCAGAAAAACCAUGGACAAGCACCACAAAUUUUUCACUCUCCAGAUGUGCAAGAGAAGUUACUUAGAUCACAAGCUCCAGCAGCUUUGCAGUUUAGUCAUGGAAGCUCUUUGCUAGGACAUACUGAUGCUCUAAGUACAGCCAUGCUAAACUCACUUCCUGCCGUACAAUUCCCUAUUCCAGUCCAAAACAUUGCAAAUAACUCUUCUCAAUUACGGGGGGGAAACUUGAUGCCUUUACCUCCAGUCUCCCAUCCAGCUAUGUCACUAACAAUACCUCAUUCAAAUGCUGGUCCUAUUGGGUCAAGCCAACAACCAGGUGGUGCAUUUUCUGGUUUGAUUAAUUCACUUAUGGCCCAAGGUUUGAUAUCAUUGACUAAUCAGCCUGCCAAACAGGAUUCUGUUGGAACUGAGUUUAAUCCAGAUGUUCUAAAGAUUCGUCAUGAGUCUGCAAUCAAUGCCUUAUAUGGCGAUCUUCCUAGACAAUGCACUACUUGUGGCCUUCGGUUCAAGUGCCAAGAGGAGCACAGUAGUCAUAUGGAUUGGCAUGUUACUAAGAACCGGAUGUCUAAAAACCAUAAGCAGAAGCCCUCUCGCAAGUGGUUUGUGAGUGAGAGUAUGUGGCUUAGUGGUGCAGAGGCAUUGGGAACAGAAUCAGUCCCUGGUUUUUUGCCAAGUGAGAUUUUAGAGGAAAAAAGGGAUGACGAAGAGUUGGCUGUGCCAGCUGAUGAGGAUCAGAAUACAUGUGCAUUAUGUGGUGAGCCUUUCGAUGAGUUUUACAGUGAUGAAACUGAGGAAUGGAUGUACAGAGGAGCUGUGUAUAACAAUGCACCGAAGGGAACAGUAGCAGGCAUGGAUAGGUCGCAGUUAGGCCCCAUUGUUCAUGCGAAGUGCAGAUCUGAGUCAAGUGUGGUCCCAUCCGAAGAUAAUGGACUGGAUGAAAGGGCCAGCAUAAAAUUGUCAAUAAUAUGUUUCUGGGAUAUGCUAGGGCGUCCCUCCGUAAAUGUCCAAAGUAGGCAAUUUUAAGAGUAUACUCCCAUAUUACUCUAAUGCAACAGCUAGGAACUGGCACUGAUGGUAACGAUGCAUUGGACUACUCCCCAGUGCAUGAUGAUUUGAAUGUUUAUGUAGUCUACAUCCAUCUAGGGACCUGUGCUGCUGCUUGUUAGUACUGGAAUUGCACAUAUUAGUUUUGGGACAUGAUAUUUUGAUUGUUCAUAGUUGAGUCUAACUAAUUUUGAAUUAACACGUAUAGCCCUAAAAUAUAAUCCUCCUCAAAGAGGUGUCUGACUCUUCUUGCUCUCUUUUGUGUUCAUUCUUAACUGAAGUUAUGUCGGAAUAUGAUGAUGCCUAUGUUUACUUUUCAUAUAACAUCAGAUUGGAUUGUGUUUAAGCGGGAUGCACUUAUAAUUCAUAGGCAUGAAUGUCAAAGACCAGUAAAUUUUUAUGGUAGUUUAGUUUUUGACAUGGUACACCUGGCGUUCCGCCUUUUCUUUUUGAUGCGGUGAUAAAUCAUGUUCUUCAGGCUUUAUUG